UAGUUUUUUGAGAGAUUUGAUGGGUGUUGGGGGAUUAAAUUGGGUUUUUUUGAAACCGAAGAUUGUUGCUAGGCUGUAGGAUCUGUUUCUCAGAUCUCUGAUCGUUUCUUCAUUGGCUUUUUUGUUUUUUUUCCUAAUAGACAAACAACAUUUUCAAUGCUAAUAAUGAAAACUCUGCAACAGGACAUCCAACGUAGACAAUGGUUUCAUGCACUUUCACUCUGAAGAGGUUCGGAGGCUUUGAAAGAUUUCUUUUUUGAUCUGAAUUGUAUCUGGGUCGAUUCAUCGCAUCAGGAUGAACGGAGCUGUGCUGGUAGCGAUUGCUGCGGCGAUAGGGAACUUGCUGCAGGGGUGGGAUAAUGCCACUAUUGCAGGGGCUGUUCUUUACAUCAAAAGGGAGUUUCAUUUGCAAACAGAACCAACUAUAGAAGGGCUGAUUGUAGCCAUGUCACUGAUUGGAGCCACUGCUAUCACAACAUUCUCUGGACCUGUAGCAGAUUGGCUUGGACGGCGUCCAAUGCUGAUAAUCUCAUCUGUUCUUUAUUUUCUCAGUGGCCUUGUAAUGCUGUGGUCUCCCAAUGUUUAUGUUCUGCUUUUGGCAAGGCUAUUAGAUGGAUUUGGAAUUGGUCUGGCAGUUACUCUUGUUCCCGUCUAUAUAUCCGAGACAGCCCCAUCUGAAAUAAGGGGACAACUAAAUACUCUUCCACAGUUCACUGGCUCUGGUGGGAUGUUUUUGUCAUACUGUAUGGUAUUUUGGAUGUCACUGAUGGAUUCACCCAAGUGGAGAUUGAUGCUUGGGGUUCUUUCUAUUCCUUCUCUUCUCUAUUUUGCAUUAACUGUGUUUUAUUUGCCUGAAUCUCCACGGUGGCUUGUGAGUAAAGGGCGGAUGGCUGAGGCUAAACAGGUACUGCAGAGAUUGCGUGGCAGGGAAGAUGUUGCAGGUGAGAUGGCUUUGCUGGUUGAAGGUCUUGGAGUUGGGGGUGACACUUCUAUUGAAGAAUACAUAAUUGGCCCUGCAGAUGAGCUUGCUGACAACCAAGAACAAAGCACAGAGAAAGAUCAAAUCAAGUUAUAUGGGCCUGAACAGGGUCUCUCAUGGGUUGCCAGACCUGUCACUGGCCAGAGUACUCUGGGACUAGUGAGCCGCCAUGGAAGCAUGGCAAACCAGAGUGUGCCUCUUAUGGAUCCUCUUGUCACUCUCUUUGGCAGUGUCCAUGAAAAGUUCCCUGAGACGGGAAGCAUGCGCAGCAUGCUUUUCCCAAACAUGGGCAGCAUGUUUAGUGUGGCAGAACAUCAAGAUAAAAAUGAACAGUGGGAUGAGGAGAGCCUUCAGAGGGAUGGUGAGGACUAUGGAUCUGAUGGUGGUGGGGAAUCUGAUGACAAUUUGCGGAGUCCAUUACUCUCUCGUCAAACUUCUAGCACAGAAAAGGACAUGGUCCCUCCUGCAGCCAAUGGCAGCAUCUUAAAUAUGAGACGGCACAGCAGCCUCAUGCAAGGAGCUGCUGGCGAAGCAGGCAGUAGUAUGGGGAUCGGUGGAGGUUGGCAACUGGCAUGGAAAUGGUCUGAGAAGAGAGGUAAAGAUGGGAAGAAGGAAAGAGAACUUCAAAGAAUCUAUUUACACCCAGAGGAUGCCCCCGGGUCUCGGCGAGGCUCUGUUGCUUCACUUCCCAUUGCUGAUGCCCCCGAAGAAGGUGGAUUCGUUCAGGCUUCUGCUCUAGUAAGCCAGUCUAUGCUUUAUUCCAAGGGUGGUAAGGACAUGCAUCCAAUUGGACCAGCAAUGGUUCAACCAGCAGAGUCUGUUGCGGUCGGACCAAGUUGGCAAGAUCUUUUUGAACCAGGAAUCAAGCGUGCAUUGUUUGUUGGGGUGGGAAUUCAAAUACUCCAGCAGUUUUCUGGCAUAAAUGGGGUUCUCUACUACACUCCUCAGAUUCUUGAGCAAGCAGGUGUUGGAGUUCUUCUGUCAAAUAUGGGCAUUGGCUCGGAAUCUGCAUCGCUGCUCAUAAGUGGUCUCACAACCUUGUUGAUGCUUCCUUCUAUAGGUUUUGCCAUGAGGCUAAUGGAUGUAAGUGGUAGAAGGUGGCUGCUGCUGACGACGCUACCUAUACUGUUACUGUCACUCAUCAUACUAGUCCUUGGCAACAUCAUUCCCAUGGGUUCUCUUGUUCAUGCAAUAAUCUCGACUGUUAGCGUUGUGGUCUACUUCUGCUGCUUCGUCAUGGCCUUUGGGCCGAUUCCCAACAUCCUCUGCUCAGAGAUAUUCCCUACCCGCGUUCGAGGCCUCUGCAUUGCUGUAUGUGCUCUCACAUUUUGGAUCUGUGACAUCAUUGUCACCUAUUCACUCCCUGUGAUGCUCUCUUCUGUUGGCCUUGCUGGAGUCUUCGGCAUCUAUGCCAUCGUCUGCAUCCUCUCCUGGAUCUUUGUCUUCUUGAAGGUUCCCGAAACAAAAGGCAUGCCCCUAGAAGUCAUUUCAGAGUUCUUUGCUGUGGGUGCAAAGCAGGCUGCUACUGAUGCCAAGAACAACUGACUUCAUCAUCCAGGGAAUCGAGGUUUUGGUCAGUUCUAAUCAUCCUGGAACUGCCGGGUUGUGUUUUAAGAUUCGAAGGGUGCUUGGACUUCCAGUUACCAUAGAGGAAGGUCUUCAAAGAGACCGACAUUAAUGCAUUAGUCACACAAACUUGUGGCCGAUGCUAGCUGAACAGCUUUAUUUUUUAUUUGUCUUGGUGCUUUUCCUUUUUCUUUUAUCACGUCUAAGGCAUUUGAAAGCAGACUCGGAAUUUUUCUCAGCAUUCUUUGAUGUUAAAUAGCAUUAAUUGAUGGUAAUUUAUCCA